CUCCAUCACCAUUCAGCUGGCGUUCAUAACGUUCCCGGCGUUGAAUCCGGUACCGUGUUUUUGGCCUGUCUCCUUUCAGCGGGCUCAGGGCUCUUGUAGUAAACAACCCAACCAUGUGGUAAGGAUGUUAACGCUCAUUGGCUCUACGGUGUUUUCCAAGACACACGCCCUACGAUUCCAACUUGUUUACGCUGGACUUGUACAGUCAGACGAGCCCAGAGGAACAGCCAACUGGAGCAGACGAGUCGCAGAGCCUGCAGUGGGCACAGCGAUCGGGCGCAGCGCCACUAUGCCAGCCCCGUUCACAGACCUGGCCGGACAGCAGAGCAACUGGAGGCCGGCUGGCAGGACUGCGGCCCUCUCCAUACGUCCAGAGGAGGGCAAGAAGAUGGAUGGCUUGUCCAGGAGGCAGAGAGGGGCCCGCCCUGACGCAGAGUCCCAACCCGAGCGUAUGCGACCAGCCUUGGGUCUCCCCGUGGUCACGUCAGUACGGAUCGGUAGCCACGGGAGAAAUGGGACCGCCGCAGAGCCACACGCUCUAAAGGUGGACGAGAGACUGCGACUGGCUCGUAAGCGGAGAGAGGAGCACCUCAAGCAGCGCGCGUCACGGGAGCGUGGCUGGUUAGCCCGAGAGGAGAGAGCCCGGAGGUGCUACGAGCAGCAUCUGGAGGAGCGCCGCAAAAAGCUGGAGGAGCACAGGCAGAGAGAGGAGAGGAGGCGCAUGGCUGUGGAGAACAAACGUCGGCAGAGGCUGAAAGAGGAGCGGGAACGGUACGAGUCUGUGGUACGGAGGACCACGGAAAGGAGCCAGAAAGCCAAACAGAGGGUAGUCAACUGCUCUCAGAGGGGAGGGAGUGGUGCCAGGAGCAACACAAACGCUAAACGCCGCUUGCUAAGUCAGUGGGAGGUAGACCUGGUUAGCCGCCUCCAGACUCCCACAAUCUCUUACUUAGCCAGGAGCAGGAGUGCUGUAUGCCUGUCAAAAGGAGAAGCGGUUCAUGUGUGUCGACGUUCAGCUUCAUGCCACUCUGUGAGCUCUAAACCCUUUCAAAAACUCCGGCAGAGCUGUGGUGAACCUCCCCACAGGGGUGUCAUCCGUCCAGGGGUGAACAGUCCCAGCAUCGUGGGCCCUGGGGUGAAGGGUCCCAGCAUCGUGGGCCCUGGGGUGAACGGUCCCAGCAUCGUGGGCCCUGGGGUGAAGGGUCCCAGCAUCGUGGGCCCUGGGGUGAACGGUCCCAGCAUCGUGGGCCCUGGGGUGAAGGGUCCCAGCAUCGUGGGCCCUGGGGUGAACGGUCCCAGCAUCGUGGGCCCUGGGGUGAAGGGUCCCAGCAUCGUGGGCCCUGGGGUGAAGGGUCCCAGCAUCGUGGGCCCUGGGGUGAACAGCCCCUGUAUCAUGUGCCCUGGGGUGAACAACCCCAGCAAUGCAAGCUCUGGGAUGAACAGUGCUAGUUUUGUGGGCCCUGGAGUAAAUAGUUCCAGCCAAAGGGCCUCCCACAAGGACCAGUUUUGGGCAUCAAACAGCAACCUUGAAAUAAUAGAAUGGGUAAAAAAAAAUCCACAGUCUCAUACAGCAGCUGCUGGAGUUACCUUCCCCUCAGGCACAGUCGUAAAGGACAGAACAACACCUUCAACAGCAUACCUAACAGACAAGGCUUUGAUUAGAGCACCUCUGAGACAAGCCCCGCCCAAACCCGAGGCCUUGCCCCCCCUCCUCGAGGAGGAGGAUCCCGAGCCUGACUGCUUGCUCCGACCCCCUCAGCAUCAGCCUCACCUCUCAGCUGCUCUGUGCUUGGGCGAGCUGGUCCUGCUGAAACCAGGCCCUGCUGGGCCCCCAUUCUCUCCAGCAUGCCCUCAGACAGCCCGCGCGCUGAGUCUGAUUGGUGCUGGAACCCAGGGCGGGUCCUCAGCAGGCACCACAGACCCUGAACGGGCCUCCCGUCUGCUGGCAGAGAAAAGGAGGCGGGCCCGGCUGCAGAGGGAGACAGAGCAAGGGGAGUGUAGGCAGAUAGAGGAGUCAGAGAGGCUAGCCCGUCAGAUAGCUGUGGAAAGAGUAAGUACAGAGGCAAGGGCCUCCCAACAGCAGGAGGAGAGGAAGAGGAAGAAGGAAGAAGAACAAAGGAAAGCUGAGGAGGAGGAUGCUCGCAGGCAGAGCGAGGAGGAAGGAACAUUACGGCUACAGAGGGAUGAGGAGGAGGCUCGUCAGAGGGUGAUAGCAGAGCAGCCGCGGCUAGAGAGAGAGAGAAGGUUCCAGAGAGAGGAGGCUGAGCGCCAGGAGAGGAAAAAGCGACUAGAAGAAAUUAUGAAACGAACAAGGAAAACAGAUGCUGCUGAAAAUAAACCUGCUUCAUCCAGUACCACAAUGAAAGACAUUCUGCCAAAUGAGAACGUGAAGCCCAUUCCCAGUCUUCCUUUAGAAGAUGUUAUUAGGCUACCUAGCCCUGCGAAGGCAUCCAAGAUCGGCUUGGGGAGUGAGGAGGAUCUACUUCCUGCAGUGGCUUUCAAGGAGCGCAGAUCUCUCCGCACUCUUGCAGGUCUGGAGGAGAUCCAGGCUCAUCAGCAGGCGGAAGUCAUCUAGAGAUAAAAGUUAACACCAUAUCCUGGGAAACGGCAAGCCUGUGCUUUCUUUAUGUCAGAAAGAAUCGCUUGCUUCAUCUGCACUUUAAGGAGCCCCUUAUUAGACAUUUCACACCUGUGGAGUAACACGUCCUUGAUCCCUGCUGCUCUGCUGGACAACAGAUUAUUACUGGUGUGUCUUGAGAACACACCGCAUGCUCAGAUCAUAACUGUCGGUAUGUGCUACUCUUUGAAGUUACAGCUUAACUGUGUUUUAUAGUACAAUAACUGUCCAUCUAUACUUGAAUAAUUCAUAGGUUUAGAUUUCCUAAAUGAUGCAUGAGGUGUUGGUAUGAGAAAUGCUAACUGUUUCAUCUAUGAGCAGGAUAGAGACCAAUAAACAUACUUGUUACAUACAUAAACAAAUAAACAAACAUAAGACUUUUUUUUAUUAAAAAAACUAUUAAUUUAUAACUUCUUUGCAAUGCUGCUACUUUGUUGUUUUAUAUCAGUUGUCAUUUCAGAGCACUGCUUUCUCAGGCUUGUGCUGGGAUACCAGAGUUGAGAUCAGCUGUUUUGUCUGACUUUCUUCAGUUUUGUAUUGCUGCUAUUUAACUAUUCCAAAUAUAUAAACAUAUAUUUAAGCAUACCAUUAUUUGCCAUAUAUGUAAACAUAUAUAUUUAAACAUACUGUUAUUUGCCAAACCAUAGCUUAUUCGAAGACUGUACUCCCCACCCUUUGUCUAAAGGUAUUGGUAUGGUCUUUAAUGAGCGUGUGCAAUUAUUUAAAGUUAUGCAUAAAUAUGAAGUGUAGAUGCAAACAAUCUAAUUAAAUAUUUUAUGAGUGUAAAUAAACAUGCUUUGAAACCAAA